AGAACGUUCGUUCCCAGGGUUUUGACGCGAUGCAUUAGCACACGCAGUAUGGGUGGCGUUAACGCACGGUGCGGUCGCGUACAACGAAACUCUGAUUUUUAUUUAUCCCAUUAAAAACGCCGCUAUCGCGUCGCCUCGUUCGACAACGAACGGGCGAAUGUUGUCAGCGCAAAGUAAGAAAUUGGUGAGAAGAUCGACGAACAGGUCAGAGCCUUGCGAUUUUUCGGCACAACCUCGUCGGUUGCAUAAUUGCUAGAAACGUGUACUAUGUUUUAUACAGUGGAAAAUUUGGGAUUACCGGAAUCUAAAUAAAACACCGAACCACCACGCGAACGCGGGCAUGCUUUGUCUGUGGGUGAACGCGAUAUUGUGUCAACCAUGACGAUGAAAUCGUUUUAUGAAGUUCUACAGUGGCGGAUGCGGCUACGAAAUCACAACUACCCAAAUAUAGACAAACACGAUUAAUAACUUGGUCUUGACCCGACAGUGGGUUGUGUUCUGAUUCGUUUUUCUGAUUUAUGCGUUGGUGUCGGAUGGACUGCGACUUAUAUGUAUUUAUGACAAACAGAAUCAACUACAGCGUAUGCAAAUGUUUAAAGUUCAAUGAAACGUACGCUUCAGCAAAGGCUAAACAUGUUUUUAUGCAAUAUUUAGCGAUUGUAGAGGUUAGAGCGCGGGAAAACGUAAGCCGUGCCAUUUCCCGCGCUUCCGUUGAAAUUCAAACGUCAAACAAAUCGGAAUCGAAGAAGGAGAGAACAGAGAAGUGCGUGCGAAAAACGAAGAACAACCGAAGGAGAAAACGAGUCAGCGUGGGCCAACUAACUCGGCUCGGAGGUUACCAUGCCCGCGAGACGGCGACUCCGUCGUAACUGCAGACGGAAUUGCAGUACUAGUCGCGCACGUGUAUCCGUCGAGUAAACGACGCCACGCGGUCCGUCCUUUUCUCCCUCUUCCUCUCUCCCCUUCUCUUAGUCCCCCCCCUUAUCUUUCUCUCUGCCUAUCUUUUUUCGUUUUCACACGUGCAUAUCAGACGUUUUGUUCCUCGCGGCAUGGUCGGACCGUUCAGUAGUUUUUCGUCGGUGAACCGGGAAAUACGUCGCGCGGAAUAAAAGCACCCGGCUGCUCCGGCCAGAGGGAAAUCGAGGAAAAACCCAAGGAAAACGCGCACGCACGAUGCCGGAUAAAGUCGCGCCAGCCGAAAAGCAGGUCUUGAAGACCGUAAGAUCUGACUCCGGCUCCGGCACCAUCAAAUUGAAAAAGGAACUCGGAUUAUGGGACGGUGUGGCGAUCAUCGUAGGCAUCAUCGUCGGCGCCGGAAUCUUCGUCUCGCCGAAAGGUGUCUUGAUGAACAGUAAUAGCGUCGGCCAGGCGUUGAUCAUAUGGAUAUUUUCCGGGUUGUUGUCGCUGAUCGGCGCCUUAUGCUAUGCAGAACUCGGUACGAUGAUUCCCAAAUCCGGAGGCGAUUACGCGUACAUUAGCGACGCUUUUGGGCCAUUCCCUGCGUUCCUCUACGUCUGGGUGGCAUUCUUCAUUCUGGUUCCAACGGGAAAUGCAAUCACCGCCCUCACAUUUGCUGAAUACAUUUUGCAACCUGCUUGGCCAGGUUGUAUACCUCCGUACGGAGCGGUACGCCUACUCGCCGCUGUUAUUACUUGUAUACUGACAGCCAUCAAUUGUUAUAACGUGAAAUGGGCGACAAGAGUGCAGGAUAUAUUCACCGCAACCAAGAUCUUUGCGCUUGUGAUCAUCAUCGCAGCUGGGUUCUGGUGGCUCUGCAUGGGUCACACGGAAAACUUCCAGGAUCCCAUGGCUGGCACCAACACGCAGCCUGGCUACAUCGCCCUGGCCGUUUACUCGGGCCUAUUUUCUUAUUCAGGUUGGAAUUACCUGAACUUCGUUACCGAGGAACUAAAGGAACCGUACAAGAACUUGCCAAAGGCUAUUUGCAUAUCCCUACCUUUGGUCACGAUAAUUUACGUCUUGGUGAACGUCGCUUAUUUCGCCGUGUUGAAACAAGAUGAGAUACUCGCGUCGAACGCCGUGGCCGUGACAUUUGGGGACAAACUGCUGGGUGUGAUGUCCUGGAUAAUGCCAUUUUUCGUGGCCUGCUCGACUUUUGGCGCCUUAAAUGGAGCGAUUUUCGCAUCCUCACGGUUGUUUUUCGUGGGAGCGCGGAAUGGACACUUACCUGCUGCUAUUGCACUGAUCAACGUUCGAAAUUUAACGCCAAUGCCGUCCCUCAUCUUUUUGUGCAUUAUCACCCUGGCACUUCUAAGUAUAAAGGAUGUAUACGUGCUAAUCAAUUAUGUCAGCUUCGUUGAGGCACUAUUCACCACGCUGUCCGUAUCUGGUCUCCUCUGGCUCCGCUACAAAAGUCCAGACCGCGAACGGCCAAUAAAAGUCUCGAUUGUAUUGCCGAUCAUAUUUUUCAUUAUCUGCGCGUUCUUAGUAACAGUUCCGUGCUACGUAUCGCCCUGGGAGGUAGGUAUCGGAGUGAUAAUCAUCUUAUCUGGAAUACCUGUCUACUGGGUCUUUAUUCAUUGGAAAAAGAAGCCUAAAUGGAUCAUAAGGUCUUCUCAUAAUCUGAACAUGAUAUGCGUGAAGCUAUUCCUCUGUGUGCAAGAAGAGAAAAGCGAUUGAGAUGCCCAGACGAAACGCUUCGUUCGCUGUAACGCGUGUGUACAGCUUUCCACGGGAUCCUCGUAAGACGAGCACCACCGACGCUACCAAAUCGACAAGCUCGUUUCAUACGCGUUAACCAGAAAACACGCGCUCGACGGUUGCGCGUCUCGAUUGAAUCGAGCGCAACAUUCCAAUAAAAUCUGUGCCGUUUCGCGCGGACUUUGCGAAUCACCGACAUGUCCUGGACGUAACAUUCGCAACCCCGCGUUUCGUAUGCGCACACACCACCCAGCACAUACUUAGCACGUAAGAAUGCAGUUGAUGGUGUGUCAAUUAUCGAAUUCCUCUAUCGUAACACAACAACGCGAGGUCCGCUCGAGAGGAUCGCAUAAACGCAAUCGCGAGACAUCAGCCGCGUUUAGUUCUAAGGAGAUUACGUGUUCCCAACGAUUAACGCGCAUUGAUUCGCAAUAGGGGCUCGGAUGACUACAUUGAGCGUUAGGGAAUACGCUUAACUUAAAAGCGAGCAGCGAUCUUUAUAUGCAUACGUUAGAUCUUCGUUUCUCCAUGUGAUUGUUGUAUGAGAAACUAUUGUUGUAUUGAAUCAUAUGGCAUCGUUUUUGAUUCAGUAAUCAGGAUCAGGAGUUAUGAUGGUAUAGUGAAGUCUCUUCGGUACUAAAAGUCUAGAAUCUGUACUGAAAAGUAAUGAAGUUACUUCGGUACUAAGUCUAGAGUUUAAAAAUGAUCUGGUACAGGCAAUAUCAAUAUCUCGUUAAAACAAGAUUUGAAUUUUAAAAGUAAUCGUUAUCUAUCGGGGAAUUCAAAAUGAUGCUAUCUGAGUCUGAAUAAUUUAUGAUAAAAAUUUAACAUGGAUAUAUAGUAAUCGCUGCUCUCUUUUCAACCUAACAUGUCCUCGGAAACUUGACAUGGUAUUUUGAUCGUUAAACGCAUCUUAAACACAUCGAUCAUGCGAGUUUAGACACAAAAGUUUUAAUCGUGUAUAGAACAUUACGUUCCGUGAGCAAGAAAUACAUGCCAAACUAUCAAUGUAAUCGAAAUGUUUAUUUAAAUGGACAAAGAAACGUCUCGUACAGUAGUCAAACCGAAUCAUGGAUACGCGAUCGAUUAUCAACGCGCACAGAACGAUUUAGACACUAUCAUGCUAUCGGUAAAACUGUAGAACAAUUAUUUUGUGUAAUGAUGAUUUUAUUAUAUUCGCGUGCAUAAUAUUGUAACAUAAACAAAUCAGCCGUACGUAUUUAUAUUAUUUAAUUGUACAUACGACACGAGCAACCAUAAGUUAUUUAUCAUCUUUCAUAUACCGAUAAACUGCUUUCUUUAAUAAGUUCUCGCUGAUGUAUCCAUAAGUAGCAGUAACUUUUACGUACGUACUCGUUUUAAUGGGCACAUUUUCCUUACUAGUUAAACGUGCCAUUAAAUUAUAAAAUGCCUAAACGUGAAACCGUAGAAUUACGCUCAAAUUGUUGCGGAAAAUAUUUUUGAACGUUUUUUAGGGUGGCGAGAUAGAAUUUACAAAUAGCUGAAGAGUGGCGAAGAAAGUAUUUCUUCCAUUUAAAUUCGUAUCAUCUCGAUACUACAAACAAAGCUGCUGAUUAUUAUAAACGUUUUUGUAGACGAUAUUGUAGCUGUGACCAUCAGUGGGAUGUAUCAAGAGAACAAAAUUGUAAUUUAGGGGAAACGAUAUUUUUCCGCAAAAAAAUAUUUUUUAUGGCAAUGUAACAAAGAAGCAAUGAAUUUAAACUGUCAAUAACAACCGUUGACGUGCCUUGUAUAUCAUCAGAAAAGAAAAAGGAAGAUUGUUAAAGUUACAGAAGUGUGUAAAUUAUUAGCUUCGAAUCAUAAACAAAUUUAUGUAUGUUACUUAUGUUAAUUUAAUAUUUGUAGAUUAUUACACUUAAUCGAUACAUUUUUAGGUAAUCUUCGAAUAUGAUGCCACGUACAGAUUAGGAAUUUAGUGUUAUUAAAACAUAAUGACAGUUUUACAAAAUUUGAAUUGAUUCAAUGAAAUGAUAAGUGCAUCCUAUAACGUGAAAAUAUUAUGAAUUCAAAUACUUAAAUAAUUGGUUUUUAAAAACACAAAAAGAAAGGAAUAAAACAUUUUUAUUUAAUAAUCUUGUUAACGUCUUUAUAAUUAAAUUAUAAUAUAUUCAGAUAAUAAUUUUAACACCUCUGUAUAUAAUUAUAGUCUACAAAAAAAUGAAGCACUCUGAAACAUCUAUGAUGUAAUUUCUCAAUUACAAGUAAAUGUGAUUAUUGUUACUAUUACAUUACAGUACGAUACCAAUGCUUUAGAAAGUUCAGCUACAUUUACAUUAGCUCAAGAGCAGUUUGGUACACCAUAUUUCUAGCUCAAGUAUAAUAAGAGACAUUGUUGUCAUUUUGCCAACAAUUUCCAUGUAAACAAAAAUUAUUAAUGAAUAGUUAGAAUUUAUAGCGAACUAUAAGAUUAAAUUCCUCUUUUUUACACUGUACACGAAGCAUAGGAUUUUUUAUAAACUCCAUAAUACUGUUAGAAAAAUAAGAAACUGACAGAAAUGUGCCUGAUAUAUAAACAACCAAUGUUUUAAUGACAGGCACAGUAAAGAAUGUAACAAAACUAUGAAUCGAAUUUUAUUAAAAUACUUAUUUGUAUUGUAAAGGACAAAUAAGUCAACAAACUGUAAACUGUAAGUGAAAUGUGAAGAGGAUGCCUUUUCAUCCUUCGAUUAAUAAAUUCGAAAUAUUAAAUGAAAACAUUGAUAUAUACAUCUGUGCGUUCCUGUGCGUGUGCAUUUAUAGUACUAAUAUUAUCUUUAAUAAAAAACAAAACAAAAUAACGUUUGCAUAACGCAAUAAAAAAUAUGAACAAGGGAUAUAAGAGAAGAACAACAAAAAGUGAAAGAUAAUAAAAAUAAAAACGUAAAUAGAUAUAAAGAAAAGAUAACAAGAUUGAGCUAUUUAUAGCUAAUGAAACAUGUAUAUUUCAUUUAAGUACUCCGAAAAAUUUGAUCUCAAUUUAACAUCCAUUAAAGAUGCAAUAAUCUUUAGAUAAAGAAAAUUGCAAUUUGAUUAUAAAAGAAUCAUGUAAAUUAAAUAAAAGAAACAUGAGUAAAUCAAGAACAAAGAAAAUAAUGUCACAUGAAAGGGUAAGGUUCAGCAAGUAAAAAGUCAAUGAUAUUAAGCUUAACCAGAUAUUAGCGAUAAUUUACAAUAAAUACAAGAGGUUUCGCAUAUUGAUCCGAUGUAAUAAUGUAAUUGUAAUCUCAUAACAUUGUAAAUUAUACUAUUGCUCAAGUUAAAUCUAUUUUAGAUAGACGAAACAUUGCCUGUAGAAUAGGUAACAAUGUUAAAUCUUUUUUCUUUCAUUUAGCUAUUGUAAUAUAAAAAUGUACUCUACAGGCUCCCAUGACAUAAAUGUAUAGGGGGUUAAAAUUUUUAACAAACACGAAUGAAUACAUUGCUUUAAAAAAUUAUAUGCCUUCUCCCUGCAUUAUAUAAAAGUUUACUAUCAUGGAUGUAAUAUUACCAUUUUUCAUAUAUAAUAUUUUUACACACUUUUAUGCAUGUGCAACAAUUUAGUUUAUAUAAAAUGAUAGUAGACCAAAUUUAAGAUCCAUCUAUAACAUCAUUUAUGAGAUGUUUCUUAUUUUUCCUCGUUAAUAGACUGCAGAUUUUAUUGAUUUG